AUGCUCAUUUCUAAAAUCCUUCUGCAACAAUGCUGGAAGGCAAAAACAGAUUGGGACGAAUCCGUUCCCCACGCGUUACAAAAUGUUUGGCAGUCCUUCUCGGAACAGCUCGCAUUAAUUGAUAAUUUAGAAAUAAAUCGAAAUGUACUGAUAAACGAUGCGAUCAAUGUUCAACUUCACGGAUUUUCCAAUGCCAGCAAGGCCGCUUACGGAGAUUGCAUAUACGGUCGCGUCGCACCACUUGCGGAACAGACUAUGCCUCGUCUAGAAUUAUGCGGAGCAUUAAUGCUCGCUCAACUUUACAACGAAAUACAUGCGAUACUCACGUUUAAGCCUAAUAAGAUCAUAUUUUGGUCGGAUUCCACGAUAGCGUUGUUAUCAUGGUUAAACAAGCAUCCUAGCAAAUUAAAACAAUUCGAAGCAAAUCGAGUACGAGAAAUUCAGAAAUUUCAAGGUCCAUCGUGGCUCUCGCAAUCGGAAGCCGAAUGGCCGCGCUCUAUCGUAACACAUACAGACGAAUUGCCCGGAAUAAAGAAGACAACAUGUCUAACGGUACAAAUUCAUUCCGAAGAGAUAUUAGACAAAUUUUCGUCGUAUACUAAAUUAAUACAAGUAGUCGCAUAUUGCUUACGAUUCUUGCGUUUCAACGAAAACACCGGCGUUUUAUCAGUCAACGAGAUAGAGGAAGCCCAACGACGCAUCGUGAAGCUCAUACAGCAGACUCAUUUUCAAAACGAAAUAAAUCGUUUAUUAACGGGCGGAGAGGUAAAAUGCACAAAGCUUGGAUCGUUAAACCCAAUAAUUGACGAACACGGUUUAUUGCGCGUCGGAGGACGAAUUCAUAAGGCCAACAUAUCGUCUGAUCAGAAACACCCAAUUCUUUUACCGUCUUGCAACUACGACACGGAUCUUUACAUUCGUCGCAAUCAAGUGCGUAGAGUCAUUCGUCGGUGCGUCAGAUGUGCACGUUUUCGUUCCGAGAACGCGAAAUAUAAAAUGGUAGAUUUGCCAAAAUCAAGACUCGAUAACGUGGCUCCGUUUUAUCACACGGGCAUCGAUUAUUUUGGCCCAAUUCUCGUUAAGGAGAAAAAGCAUCGUAAUCGCAGUAGCAUCAAAGUCUACGGGUGUAUAUUCAUAUGCAUGUCAACCAAGGCUAUUCAUAUCGAAAUUGUAACCGAUUUAUCAACAGAUGCUUUUAUAGCAUCUCUGAAAGGAUUCGUCAGUCGUCGAGGUGUUCCGGCGCAUAUUUACUUAGACAAUAGAACCAAUUUUGUAGGCGCAAAAAUCAAUUCCGCGAACUGUACGCCCUAA